AUGGACGAUGAUCGAAUCAGAUUGCUGCUGGAGGAAUCAAGUUCUAGUUCUAGCUACGAGGACGAAAAUGACAGUGAGGUGGAAGACCAUGUGAAGGAACAGACAGAGACUUACGACACCGAGCAAGAGGGCGACGAUGAAGAGCCACGUGAGGUAGAAGGUAGUGAGAGUUCCCGCGAUUUUUACUUAGGAAAAGAUGGAAGGACAUGGUGGAAUAAAUCUCCUCCUGCUAAUCCAACUAGGCGACGAGCAAGAAAUAUAGUUACCCAACUUCCAGGUGCUAGAGGAGAAGCUAGAAAUUUGAAGGAACCAGGUGAGAUAUGGAAGCUUUUCUUCUCUGAGGGUACUAUAAAUCUGAUCGUAAAGUACACUAAUGAGCAGAUCAAUCGACUGAAACCUAAUUUCUCAAGAGAAAGAUACUGUACUGACACAGACAACAUUGAAAUUGAAGCCUUUUUAGGUCUUUUUCUGUUUACUGGAGUCAGAAGAAACGGACGUCUAAAUGCCAAAGAUUUUUUCAAAACAGACGGAUCAUCCCCAGAGAUAUUUAGACUGACUAUGAACUUUAGCAGGUUCUAUUUAUUGAUGCGUUGUCUCAGAUUUGACAACAAAGAUACACGAGAAGAGAGACUCAAUCUGGACAAGCUGGCACCUAUUAGAGAGUUGUUCGAUGAAGUUGUGGGAGCGUUCAAAAAAUAUUACAGUGUGUCACAGUAUGUUACGAUUGACGAAAAAUUAGAGGCUUUUAGAGGACGUUGUGGCUUUCGUCAGUAUAUUCCGUCGAAACCCAACAAAUAUGGGAUAAAAAUAUACGCCUUGACAGAUGCCAAGAUGUUUUAUACGCAAACCAUGGAAGUCUACCUGGGAAAACAACCAGACGGUCCAUAUCAAGUCGACGACUCCGCUGUGGCUUUGGUUUUGCGACUGAGUGAAAAUAUUUACAAUACUGGGCGUAAUAUCACCUGUGAUAAUUUUUUUACCAGCAUUCCAUUGCUAGAUAAGCUUGAGUCUCAAUACAAAUUGACUGUCAUUGGAACGAUUCGUAAAAACAAAAGGGAGUUGCCUAAAGAAUUCACGGAAGUAAGAGGUAGAGCCGAAAAAUCCAGUUUAUUCGGGCAAUUGCAGUCUAGUAUCCUAUGUACCGAAAAAGGGCAAAAAUGUCCUUCUUGUAUCCAGCAUGCACGAUGA